GAGCGGAGGAGACCCUGCGGCGCGCGGCGGCGGCUCCCGGGCGUCCCGGGCCCGGUGGCGGCGCGGCUCUGGUUGGCUGAGCGCCGCGGGCCGCCCCCGCCCGCCCCCUCCCCUGCUCCCCUCCCCCGCCUCCCGCGGCGGCUGGCGUCGGGAAAGUACAGUAAAAAGUCCAAGUGCAGCCGCCGGGCGCAGGAUGGGAUCCGGCUCAUCCAGCUACCGGCCCAAGGCCAUCUACCUGGACAUCGAUGGACGCAUUCAGAAGGUAAUCUUCAGCAAGUACUGCAACUCCAGCGACAUCAUGGACCUGUUCUGCAUCGCCACCGGCCUGCCUCGGAACACAACCAUCUCCCUGCUGACCACCGACGAUGCCAUGGUCUCCAUCGACCCCACCAUGCCCGCGAAUUCAGAACGCACUCCCUACAAAGUGAGACCUGUGGCCAUCAAGCAACUCUCCGCUGGUGUCGAGGACAAGAGAAACACAAGCCGUGGCCAGUCUGCUGAGAGACCACUGAGGGACACACGGGUUGUGGGCCUGGAGCAGCCCCGGAGGGAAGGAGCAUUUCAAAGUGGACAGGUAGAGCCCAGGCCCAGAGAGCCCCAGGGCUGCUGCCAGGAAGGCCAGCGCAUCCCUCCAGAGAGAGAAGAAUUAAUCCAGAGCGUGCUGGCGCAGGUUGCAGAGCAGUUCUCAAGAGCAUUCAAAAUCAAUGAACUGAAAGCUGAAGUUGCAAAUCACUUGGCUGUGCUAGAGAAACGCGUGGAAUUGGAAGGACUAAAAGUGGUGGAGAUUGAGAAAUGCAAGAGUGACAUUAAGAAGAUGAGGGAGGAGCUGGCGGCCAGAAGCAGCAGGACCAACUGCCCCUGUAAGUACAGUUUUUUGGAUAACCACAAGAAGUUGACUCCUCGACGCGAUGUUCCCACUUACCCCAAGUACCUGCUCUCUCCAGAGACCGUCGAGGCCCUGCGGAAGCCGACCUUUGACGUCUGGCUUUGGGAGCCCAACGAGAUGCUGAGCUGCCUGGAGCACAUGUACCAUGACCUCGGGCUGGUCAGGGACUUCAGCAUCAACCCCGUCACCCUCAGGAGGUGGCUGCUCUGCGUCCACGACAACUACAGAAACAACCCCUUCCACAACUUCCGGCACUGCUUCUGCGUGGCCCAGAUGAUGUACAGCAUGGUCUGGCUCUGCAGUCUCCAGGAGAAGUUCUCACAAACAGAUAUCCUGAUCCUAAUGACAGCGGCCAUCUGCCACGACCUGGACCAUCCCGGCUACAACAACACGUACCAGAUCAACGCCCGCACAGAGCUGGCGGUCCGCUACAAUGACAUCUCACCGCUGGAGAACCACCACUGCGCCGUGGCCUUCCAGAUCCUCGCCAAGCCCGAGUGCAACAUCUUCUCCAACAUCCCAGCUGAUGGGUUCAAGCAGAUCCGACAGGGAAUGAUCACGUUAAUCUUGGCCACUGACAUGGCAAGACAUGCAGAAAUUAUGGAUUCUUUCAAAGAGAAAAUGGAGAAUUUUGACUACAGCAACGAGGAGCACAUGACCCUGCUGAAGAUGAUUUUGAUAAAAUGCUGUGAUAUCUCUAACGAGGUCCGUCCAAUGGAAGUCGCAGAGCCUUGGGUGGACUGUUUAUUAGAGGAAUAUUUUAUGCAGAGCGACCGUGAGAAGUCAGAAGGCCUUCCCGUGGCCCCGUUCAUGGACCGAGACAAAGUGACCAAGGCCACAGCCCAGAUUGGGUUCAUCAAGUUUGUCCUGAUCCCAAUGUUUGAAACAGUGACCAAGCUCUUCCCCAUGGUUGAGGAGAUGAUGCUGCAGCCGCUUUGGGAAUCCCGAGAUCGCUACGAGGAACUGAAGCGGAUAGAUGAUGCCAUGAAAGAGUUACAGAAGAAGACUGACAGCUUGACGCCUGGGGCCACCGAGAAGUCCAGAGAGAGAAGCAGAGAUGUGAAAAACAGUGAAGGAGACUGUGCCUGAGGAAAGCGGGGGUCGUGGCUGCGGUUUCGCACGGGCUGGCCGAGCUGCGCGGGAUCCUUGUGCAGGGAAGAGCUGCCCUGGGCACCUGGCACCACAAGGCCAUGUUUUCUAAGAACCAUUUUGUUCACUGAUACAAAAAAAAAAAAAAGGAAUUCAUGAUGCUGUACAGAAUUUUAUUUUUAAACUGUCUUUUAAAUAAUAUAUUCUUAUACGGAAA